GAGGUCCUGGGACCCGCGGGGAGGCAGCAGCGGGAUGGGCCUGAGCCCCGCCGCCGGGGGCGGUUGCGGGCGCCGCUUCCCUAGGUUCCCCCGGCCCCGCCUCAAAGCCGCGUCGAGAACCGCGAGUAUACGGCCAAAUGACAGCCAGCCUGCUCCGGGACAUGCAGCUGUGCCCCAGUCGGGUCGCCGCAGGAAUGAGGCUCCCCUCCACCGAGCCAGCACGCCCCGGCCUGGGACCCCCCCGGGAUCGUUCCCCCUGUCCCAGCCGGCCAUCGGACCCCCAGCAAGAAGACUCUAUGGGCUCUCACGCGUUGGUCCAGCUCAUGCCCAAGCAGCCACAGCCGGGCACGUUAGAACAGAGCAGAAGCAGCAUCCAGCAAGGGGAGAAGCCUAUGGUUAACCUGGAGCCCACGCCCAAGCAGACGAGAGCAGAGUGGAACUCGACCCCGAAGUCUGGCAGUGCAGGCAGGUUAACAAAACGAGCCGCGGAGGUGGGUAUCGCGAGAAUUCUCAGACCGGGAACACCGUCCGUUUCUUGGUGACUUACCUACAUACAAUGUGGCGGGUAGAAUUGUACACUGAUUUGGGAUGUUGCUUACGCCUUUUUAAUUGUUUAAACACAGCUUUAUAGAGCUGUUUAUUGAGCUUUACUGAGGUAUAACUGACGUACAAUAAAUUGCAUUAUCUUCAGAAUGUACAGUAGGAUAUGUUUUGACAUACGUAUACACCCAUGAAAACACCAGUCAAGAUAAUGAACACCUCCAUCAUUCUUGAAGCUUUCUUUGUUCCCCUCUGUAAAUCCCUCCCCCUUUCCACUUCCAUCCCCAAGCAAUGACUUGAUCUGCUUUCUGUCAUUAUGUGCUAGUUUGUGCUUACUAAAGACUUAUACACAUGGAAUCAUGUUGUAUGAACUCGUUUUUUUAAACAAAUUUCCCCGCACCUAACAGAGGCACUGGGGAUUGAACCCAGGACCUUGCGCACGUCAAGCAUGCAUGCUACCACUGAGCCAUACCUCCCCCAACUCCUGUAUGUGCUUUUUGGUGGGUCUCCUUUCACAUAAUUUCACAUAAUUAUUUUGAGUUAUGUGCACAUUGUUGCAUGUUAUCAACAAUUUAUUCCUUUUUGUUACUGAGCAGUAUUCCACUGUAUAUCCGGAUAUGCUACUAUUUGUUUAGCCAUUCACCUGUUGAUGGGCAUUUGGGUUGUUUCCAGUGUCUGGCUGUUACAAAUGAAGCUGCUAUGAACAUUUGUGUACAAGCCUUUGUUGAGACAUACGUUUCUUUUGGGUAAAUACCUAGGAAUAUAGUAGAUAGAUCAUAUAGUAGAUGCGUGUUUAACUUACUGUUUUCCAAAGCGGUUGUGCCGUUUUACAUUCCCACCAGCAGUGUGGGAGAGUUCCAGUUCCUCCACGUCUUCAUCAGCAUCUGGUAUGGUUGAUCUCUUUAAUUUUAGCUAUCUUAAUAGAUAUGUAGGUAUCUCAUUGUGGUUUCACUUUGCAUUUCCCUAACAAUGUUGAACAUUACUUGUCUUCCAUAUAUUUAUAUAUACACAAACACACACACAUAUGUACACACACACAUAUAUAUACACACACACAUAUAUAUAUUCUUUAAUGAAGUGUCUAAUUUUUUUCCUCAUUUUUUCUCUUGGUGUACAUGUUUGAGAGUUCUUCAGAAAUUCUGUAUACAAGUACUUCAUCAGUAGUUGUAUACAGUAGUUCAAUAGUACUUGCAACAUUUUUCUCUCAGUCUGUAGUUUGUGUUUUCAUUUACUUAGCAAUAAUAUCUUUUGAAGAAAAAAAAGCUGUUAACUUUGA